AUGCCUCGUCCACGUGCUACCGAAUCAGAAUCUUGUGAUGAACCGACUCAAAAGAUGAAAGAAGGUGGAAGUCGACGCCAACGAUGGUCGUUCGCCUUCAAACGACGAUGGUUCUCGACAUCAUCUCGUGAUCUGAAGAACGAUCCUGAGUCUUGUAUAAAUAGUCCUACAUCGCCGGGACCAUGUAAUAUGGCCGGUAUUCUUAUAUCACCUCGACAGACGGCCUUAGGCACCCCUUGGAGUCCAGGUCUAACUGGAUAA